AUGAUUGGUCCAUUAGUUGACGAUAAACCUUUGACCAAAAUGGCGCUGGAUUUUGACUUGAAAUAUUUCUUAGGGGAUCUUUCUCCAGUUAUUUUGUGGUUUGGAGCAAUAUCCGCUGUAAUUGUUACUGUUAACGUUUUUUGUCGUCUAUGGUUAUUUGCAAAGGCGUUCAUUCUGUCGCCUAUUUUUGGACUUGGAGUGAAGUUUGACCACUAUGGAAAAUGGGCAGUUGUGACAGGAUGCACAGAUGGAAUAGGAAAAGAGUUUGCACUGCAGCUUGCAAAGAGGGGUCUUGACAUUGUCUUGAUCAGUAGAAGUCCAGACAAACUAGCAGAUGUAUCUCUUGAGAUAGAAUCUACAUAUAAAGUGAAGACCAAAACAGUUGUCGCUGAUUUCACUCGUGGAGUCGACCUUUAUGAUGAAAUAAAACAACAGAUAAAAGAUCUCAACAUAGGUGUUCUUGUGAACAAUGUUGGGAUGUCAUAUAGGCUACCUUCUCGUUUUGCUGAGUUAGAUGAUGGCCAGAACAAUCUAAAGAAUAUCAUAGACUGCAACCUGCUUUCCACAACACUGAUGUGCAACAUGCUGCUCCCUGGGAUGGUAGAGAGAGGAAAGGGAAUUGUCAUUAACAAUGCCUCCCUGUCUGGGUUGGUACCUGUACCAAUGCUUACCAUGUAUGGGGCUACAAAGACAGCAAUGGAUUACAUGUCAAAGUGCUUGCAGGAAGAGUACAGAUCAAAAGGCAUCAUUGUGCAGAGCCUCUGUCCAGCAUUUGUUGCAACUAAGUUGAGUGGUUUACGUCGCACAAGUCUAUUUGUUCCCUCCACAACUAGAUUUGUCCAAGCAGCUCUAUGUACUGUUGGUAUAGAGACAACCACCAAUGGCUACUGGGCCCAUAGUCUUCAGGCAUUCCUGAUGUUAUCAAUCCCUGAGUGUAUAAUGCUCAGAUUGACACACUUUGUGAUGGAGAAAGCAGGUAUUGCCGAGCGCAAAAGGUUGGAAAGAAAGAAGCAGAAAUCAACAUAGGAUUCCUGGGAAAUGUUAAAAUGCAACAUUCUUAGCAGAACUUCAAGUAACAGAGAUGAAUGAUUUUAAUAUACAGACUUUGAUGAGAGUUUAAUAUCAUGGGCUGUGUCUGUUUAUUGCUCAAUUUGAUUUAAUCAAACAUAUAAUAAUAAUAAUUAUUACCAGACUGUAACUUGUAUUUUAAUCCGAUUUCAGGGUAAUUGAGAUUUUUAUGAUCAGACUGUUCAAAUCUGGGUUCCAAGGGUCAAUAUUUUGACAAUAUUUCCAGGUCCAAUUC